UGGUGAAUAAGCAGGGAGGAUGCAGUGUGGUGUGAUGCUGUGUGUCCUGCUGCUGAUACUGUCCUCUAGUGCUAGAAACCAGAACAGAAGAAAAAACAGACAGAAGCCUGAAAACAGUGUCGUGACGAAUGAAGUCAAAACUCUCUUCUGUCCAGUGGAGUUGGCGUUUUUAGUGGACAGUUCAGAGAAAGCCACGAUGCAGCUGUUUGAGAUGCAGAGGGAGUUUGUCCUGCGCUUCAGCACCAGGCUGAUGCAGCUCCAGGUGUCCGGCUGGCGUUUGCGGGUGAGACUCGCCCUCCUGCAGUACAGCAGCACUGUCUCAGUGGAGCACAACUUCCAGGACUGGCAGGACAUUGACGUGUUCCACAGCCGAGUGGAUGCGAUGACUUACAUCGGCCAUGGCACUUACUCAGCUUACGCCAUCUCAAACGCCACUCAGCUCUUCAACCAGCAGACGUCGCCCAGCAGUUUAAGAGCAGCGCUUCUGUUGACCGAUGGGGUGGACCACCCACGCAGCCCCAGUGCUGUAACUGCAGCCGCAGAUGCCAAGAACCACAACAUCCAUAUGUUUGUCAUUGGGCUGUCGGGAUCCACACGAGACGAGCAGGACAAUGGUAGACUGAGGUCCAUCGCCAGCGCACCUCCUCAGCAACACCUGUUCAGCCUCACUGACCCACAGCUGGACGACAAGCUCUUCAGGGAACUGAGUGAACUUACGAACACAGUUUGUCCACAACCCAAAUCCUGCCAGUGUGAAAAAGGAGAGAGAGGUACACCCGGAAAUCCAGGUAAACCAGGUGAUCCAGGAUUUGAUGGGCCUCCUGGUCUUAAAGGAUCUAAAGGAGCGGCAGGUUUAAAUGGACGUCCAGGAUUAGAGGGCCUGAGGGGAAGACCAGGACUAAAAGGACAAAAGGGCGGGAAAGGAGAAUGUGGCGCCCCGGGGUUGAAAGGAGAUCAAGGUCCGGAUGGACCUCCAGGACCACGAGGACCACAAGGAGAUCAGGGACUGAGUGGUAAUCCUGGUGACUCUGGCCCUGAAGGCCCCAGUGGACCUAAAGGUGAGCGAGGACCUAGUGGACCCACCGGACCUCAAGGGGACCCAGGGAUGGGGUUUCCUGGUAUGAAGGGGGAGAAAGGUAGCCAAGGCAGACCUGGGCCGACUGGACCUGUUGGUUUCGGUGAGCCAGGAAUGCCUGGCCCACCAGGACCUCCAGGAGUUCAAGGCAACCAAGGGUUUCCUGGAGAGGGUUUACCAGGAACGAAGGGUGACAGAGGAUUUGAGGGUCCUAAGGGUGCACGUGGACCUCCUGGAAUUAGCAUUAAGGGUGAUAAGGGUAACACAGGGGAAAAAGGUUUACCUGGACUGAUAGGAUUUCCAGGAGUUGGGAUCCAGGGUGAAAAGGGAGACCUGGGACUCAUAGGACCACCUGGCCCUAGAGGCCCUCCUGGAGUCGGCAUUGUGGGCACUAAGGGUGAUCAGGGCUUUCCAGGAGAAUCUGGAUUGCAAGGUGAAAGAGGAAUAGGAGAACCAGGACCAAAGGGAGAACCAGGCCCAGAUGGUGCACCUGGUAUUCCUGGUAUCCCAGGUGAAGAUGGAUCCGUGGGUCCAAAGGGUGAGAUGGGUUUACCUGGUGCUCGAGGUCCAGAGGGCUCACCUGGGAAAGGGAUUCCUGGUGAGAAGGGGGACAGAGGGGACAGAGGACCGAGGGGUCUCCCAGGAAGUGCUGGAGCAGCAGGACCCCCUGGGGCCAAGGGAGAACCAGGAAGUUUAGGUAUGAUGGGCUUACCUGGACCUCCAGGUCGAGGACUACCUGGUUCAAAGGGUGAGCCAGGACCUGCAGGCCCCCAAGGUUCUGUUGGAGAGCCAGGUGUUGGGACUACAGGCCCUAAGGGUGACAGAGGAAGUCCAGGACCAGUGGGGCCAGAAGGAAUGAAGGGGGAGGGUUACCCCGGACCACAGGGGCUUCCAGGGUUGCCUGGGCCACCAGGUGAAGCUGGACCUGAAGGGCAAGGAAUUCCUGGAGCAAAGGGAGACCGGGGCUUACCUGGAGUGACCGGCCCUUCAGGGCCUCCAGGAAUUGGACUGAUGGGACUAAAGGGUGCAGUUGGCCAGCCUGGUGCUCAUGGUAUUCCAGGACCUCCAGGAGAAGGAAUUCAGGGUCCCAAGGGAGAUCCUGGGUUUCGAGGGCCCCCUGGCCCUAGAGGGCCUCCAGGUGAUGGACUGCCAGGAGAGAAGGGUGACAGGGGCCUAGCAGGCGAACGUGGGAGAAAAGGAGAGAGAGGAGAACAUGGAAUGCCUGGUCAAACAGGAGAAAAGGGGAAACCAGGAGAGAAGGGAGAGCCCGGCCUAUCUCGAGACCAGGUGAUCAGAAUAAUCCGGGAAAUAUGUGGAUGUGAUCUGAAAUGCAGGACGAGUCCUCUGGAGCUGGUCUUUAUCAUUGACAGCUCACAGAGUAUCGGUCCAGAGAACUUUGAGUUGGUGAAGGAUUUCGUGAACACUCUGAUCGAUCACGUGUCCGUGAGCCAUGAAGCCACGCGUGUUGGGGUGGUGCUCUUCAGUCACGUGGAUCUGGUGGUGACCAGUCUACAACAGCUGUCCAACCGGGAAAGCAUCAAAGCUGCCGUGCGCGAGAUGCCGUACCUGGGUGAGGGCACCUUUACGGGCAGCGCCAUCAGCCGGGCCACUCAGCUCUUCCGAGGAGCACGGCCGGGCGUAAGAAAGAUUGCGGUCGUGUUGACAGACGGUCUGGCCGACAAGCGGGAUUCAGUAAGGCUGAAAGACGCUGCGGAAGAGGCCCGCAAUGCUGGGAUUGAGAUCUUCGUGGUUGGCAUCAUGAAGAGCAGCGAUUCCCAGUAUACAGAGUUUAAGAAUGAGAUGAACAUUUUGGCAUUUGAUCCCGAUGAAGAUUAUGUCUACUUGAUUGAUGACUUCAUGAAACUGCACACACUGGAGAGUAAACUGCUGAGUCAGAUCUGUGAGAGUGAUGAUGGACCGCUCUUCAGCCCGAACGGCAAACCAUUCCCUCCAUUGGGUCCUGAGCCAGUUCCAGAAAGAACUGAGGCUCCCACCAGGAACGAUUUCAUCACAGAGGGCAAAGAGGCUGCACUUCCAACUGAGUUUGAGACCACUUCUUCUCCAGAUGACUAUGACAAGAUGGAUAUUAACAAUAACAACAACUGGAAUGCAUUCGUUGACGAGUCUUUAAAUGAGCUUCCUAAGGUGACAGAUGCCCCAGUUGGAGAUAGGACGAGACGAUACUCCAUCUCAGUGUCCGAACCCCAGACGCCCAUAAACUGGCGGCCUGUUCCAGAAAUGAACCCAGCUCCGCGAUCUCCACCGGCCCCUCAGCCUAACUCCUUCAUGAAAGAGGUAGGCUGUAUGCUGGGAUUGGAUCCUGGGCCAUGUAGGGAGUACAGGGUGAUGUGGUACUACGACCCGGAGGCCAACGCGUGCGCACAGUUCUGGUAUGGUGGAUGCCAAGGCAACAGCAAUCGUUUCGAGACGGAAGACCUUUGUCAAAACACUUGUGUGCAGACAUAACACCCUCUCGAUGAAGCGCAUGCCUCCACUUUGCAAUCACGCACUAUGCAGAUACAUUUUCAUUGUCGUACAUAUGUUUUAUGAGAACAGUAAGGAAUCCUUCUGAUGGUGGAUUAAUAAUUAAUUAAUUAACGAAAUUUAAUAUUCAUUCCAUAGAAAUAGUAAAUAUUUCUAUUAAUUUUGAUUUCUGUUAAAGGACAUCCAACAUGUAGAUGAGUUUAUUUUCUUCAUGUGAACAGAUUUGGAGAAAUGUAGCAUUGCAUCACUUAUACUCUUGCCAAUGGAUCCUCUGCAGUGAAUGGGUGCCGUCAGAAUGAGAGUCCAAAUAGCUGAUAAAAACAUCACAAUAACUAGUUCCAGUCUAUCAGUUAUCAGCUAACUGAUUUUCCCCAGAUCUGUUCACAUGAAGAAACAAAAUUUUCCUUGACCUCCACCAUUACCACUUCUCAAAGUGGAAAAAGCAGGUGCUAGUAUGUCCCCUGUUUUCAUAAAAUAAAGGAGUAAGUACAUAUAUUUUUAUUCCAUUUUAAAUUAAUAUACAUUUAUCUUUAUUUCAACCAAACCUUAUGUCAAGAAGCUCAAGUUCUGCUAAGCUGUGCCUCCUCAAACUCCACAAGUGUCUGCCUCUCUAAAUCCAUAAUUAUCUUAAUGACUUGCAAUGUAAGUAUCAUAAAGUAUGUAAAUACAUUAAUAUGGUAUA